AUGACGACGCCUGGCUCCCAGAGCUCUCAUGCCUCGUCUGGCGGGUCUAGAAACUCGUCGGCGCGCCAGUCUUCGGGAGACACCAUACCGGAUGCGCUAUCUGUGGAAGAGUAUGGACGCAUGUUCAACGCAUAUCGCGAAGGCAAAUAUCUGUUGCCUAACGAUGGGGAUGAACAAGAUCGUCUCGACCUGCAGCACCACAUGUGGCGCCUGCUCCUCCGCGGCAGGCUGUCGAUAGCACCCAUAGGUGAGCCCGCCAGUGUCCUCGACAUCGGCACAGGCACGGGGAUAUGGGCCAUCCAAUUCGCGAAGCAACACCCCGGCGCGGACGUCGUCGGGACGGACCUGAGCCUGAUCCAGCCCACGGACAACGUGCCCCCGAACUGCCGGUUCGAGCGCGAGGACAGCGAGGAGGACUGGGUGCACGACGUCCCGUUCGACUACAUCCACUGGCGCCUCAUGUGCACGUGUUUUUCCGACAUCAAAGGCAUGAUGGCCAAGGUGUACGGCAACCUGAAGCCAGGCGGGUGGGCCGAGUUCCACGACGUCGCUUGGGAGCUCGUCGGCGCCGACGACGAGGCCUCAGCGGUCCUCGACGGCUCGGCGCUGGCGAAGUUUUUCCGGUAUGCCGUUGCAGGAGGGACCGCAUUCGGUCGCGAUUUUGAGGCCGGUCGCAAGUACAAGGAGUGGAUGGUCGAAGCGGGCUUCGAGGGCGUGGUGGAGAGGCAGGUCCUCGCGCCUGUGAACGCCUGGCCGCUGGACCCCGUCGACAGGACCAUCGGGAACUGGUUCUGCGUCGACGUCCACAGGGUGCUAGAUGGGACCACAAAACUGCUCGAGGCCGGCGGCCUGCCGCUCGCUGAGAUUCCUAGCUUCCUAGAUGAUGUGCGUGAGAGUAUUACGUCGAGGGAGAUGAGGGUGUAUUGUCCCCGCCGCAUCAACUGCAUCUGCCGCGUGAUUGAAACGGCCCGGCCGGGCCAUCGUCCUCAGCGACCUGGCGCCCCAGACGCUUGCUGCGCCGCAUCCCUCACAACUUGCUGCAAUGCGCAACACACGAUACAGACACGGUUUUGGAAGCUCUCACUCACUCUUCCACAAACACAAGACGCUCUUCCUAAAGAGCGCACCGCAGUAAAAAUGGGCAACAGUUCCUCCCGGCCGUUCAACCCAAGAAACCCACCGGAGAUCUACCACGACCUCGGCUACGGCGCCAUCCUUGCGCAGCCGAUGGUAGCCCCCGCAGAGGCACCAAGGCCCAAGGGGCGCAGGACAAUGUCCUUUGCCCGCAGGUCGACGGCGGUAAGCAGCCGCAGGGUGAUCGGUGGCUAUCCGAAGAACUACCACUGGUGA